AUGGCUCCCGAACACCCCGGACCUCUUGAUGAGGCAGAUCUUCCCCUCCUGAUGACUCUUGAUCAACUUCGCAACCCCGCCCCUAAAAACACGAAUGUCCGUAUCGGUAAGAAGAACAAGGUUUCAGUGGACGACCCGCGGCACAUCAAGAAGUUCAUUCAGAAGGGCUUCGACAUUGCGUACCCCGAGAGCAAGCACACUGGAGAAGAUACAGAGAGCCGAAUUCGCGGCCUCGCCGCCACAAAGGCCGAAAGUGAUGCGUGGGCAAACCCUUUCAAAUUCGACAAGGCGCCUGUGGGUGGUAUCGCUGGAAAGCGUGACAAGCGCAUGGAAGUCGCGUUGCUUCACCCACGUGCUCCUGAAGAGCGCAUUUGUCAAGAACACGCCUCGAAGACGGCUCUAUACGAGGCCAACCCCGGCGUCUACCCAGACCCUGGUCCUAUUCCAUUCGAUUACGAGCUCCUCUUGCCAGAGAAGCAUGAGAAUGCAAAGAAGAUCCGCAAGAGUAUGAACAUCAACGACCCCGACCGUGACGACGACAGCCUCUACACCCACGAAGGACCCGAUGGGAAAAAAUUCCACCGCUACGACCGCGCUCGCACCUAUGCCACGAGCAUGCAGUCUCUCAAUACCGAGCAAAAACAGCGGGACAUCGCUCUGACUCUCUUCAAGCCUAACGAGGGCGAAACCAAGCAGACGGCCGCCUAUUACUACCCCAUUCUGGGUAAGACCCGUCUGAAGCCUGAACGUGCCCGCACAAUUGCCCAGGCCGGUCUGGCGCCCAACGCAACUCAGACACAGGAAGACCAGAUCGACCAGAUGCAGGUUGUCGUUCGCGACCCCGAUGAGGCUGAGGUGUACAAGCGCUCUCUGCACCGCGCCAACAUCGACCCGAAGUUUGCCAGUACACUUCCCCCUCCUCCCGAGCUUCCUGCUGAGGAGCAAGAAGAACAGCCCGCUGCAGCUGACGAGGACGCUCAAAUGAGCGAUGAAUAG